AAUAUUUAUGAUUUGUACGAGAUAAAAAUAUACCAUCGUAAAAACAUUUUCACAUUUCUAAACGUUAUUGCUUAUACUAUUGAUUUAAUUCAUUCGACAAACGGGCGGGCGGAACUCUAAUAAUAAUAACGAGAUCUAAUGACCUGAUGCUACUCCCUAACGGCCAAUUGUUAGUUAGUUAUGCAUGAUUAAACCAACCUUGGAAAUUGUUUUUCAAAAAAAAAAAAAAUGAACCAUGGAAGUUGGCCGAUAACGCUGAAGUCAUGUGGCGAAUCCCUAAUGGGUCCGGGGCAACAAACCUCUUAAUUAUAUCAUCAUCUCAAAUGGGUCGGACCUCCUGGCAGACCGAGCCGUGGAAAGAAAAGCCCGACAGGCCUUACCUCGUUCUAUGACUGAUUGGGCUUUGGUAAGCUGAAGCGCCACUCAAUCAGCCUGGGCCCAGUUCCUUGCCAUUCCUUUCAGUCGCUGAUUAAAUUCCGCAAGGAGGGGGACGAUUCUUGUUCUUCUUCUCCAGUGGUAAUUGUUGGUUAGGGUUUCUCAAAACUGCAGUAGUCGAGGGAGGGUUUAAAGAGUCAUCUGCUUCCUCAACACACACCAUCCGUGACAGUAGCAAUGGAUCCGUCGUCGGUCGAUUCUGCUGAAGUGCAGCGUUUCCUCAUCCAAGAAAAGGAAAAAGCCAUGAUGAAUGAGAUGGUAGCGAAGCUAACUAGCGUGUGCUGGGAUAAGUGCAUCACUAGCACACCGGGAAGCAAGUUUAGCUCAGGCGAAUCAGCAUGCCUUUCCAACUGUGGUCAGCGGUACUUGGACUUGUCCCUGAUCAUCAUGAAGCGCAUCCAGUCCAUGCAGUGAGAGAGAUGAGGACCGAGUUAGCUCUCUGUUGUCUCUGUCGUUAUCGAGUAUAAGUGCACUUUUCUUUGGAGAACCAUCUUAUAUGUAACUGGAACCAUUAGACAAUCAUUUUGACUGUUAUACUUCAAGUGCAUGGUUGUUGUUUUUCCAAAUAGUUGAGAAUUGUACCACUUGAUGUCCAUUGAUAUGUUGCAUUCAUUACCGAUGUCUUGUUCUUGCGACUAGUUGCUGCUAGGUAGGAAGAAGUAUGCUCAAGGCUCCAACCUGUCCUGAGGGAAACAGGCGAACCAAAUUCGUUGCAUGUUGACCUUUGGAGAGCACUUGCUGAUGCUUUGGUAGUCUCAGAGAUUACGAAUGCUACUCUCCCUCCUAGACAAUACUAAACUGCAUAUCCCAAA